CGCUGACGUAAGAGAUCCAAUAUCCCCACUACCUUAGUCAAUAGAACUGUCCAAGGUAUCAAAGUCCGUGACGAAGAAAUCGCCACGACAGUCCGUUUCUUCCUUUCGAGAAGAACCAGUCUGUGAAAAUGAAAGUGCUAAUUUUUGCCGCUAUAGCGGUAUUCUGCGCCCAACCGGCGCUCAGUGUUGACACACACGAGCACAACAAAGUUGUGUGCUAUUGGAACAGCACGGCUUUCAACCGACAGGGGCCAGGAAAGUUCCAGUUGGAUGAUGUUCGAUCAGCCCUAUCCCUCUGCACACAUUUGAUCUAUGGGUUUGCAGGAAUUAAUACAGAGACAUUAGAAGUUGUUCCUUUGAAUCAAAAUUUGGACACUGGAGUUGGAUAUUCUUACUACAAACUUGCCACACAACUAAAGAAAGGCUUCCCAGAUCUGAAGAUCUACCUUAGCAUUGGUGGUAAUGCUGAUCCUGAGGAUGACACUCACAAGUAUCUUGUUGUUACUGAGACGGCAGAAUCAAGGUCCAAGUUCAUUAACUCAAUCAACCGUCUUCUCAAUGAUUAUGACUUUGACGGAAUCGACCUGGCUUGGCAAUUCCCACCUGUGAAAGUCAAGAAAGAACGUAGUACAUUUGGAUCAAUCUGGCAUGGCUUGAAGAAGACCUUUGGUUAUGGUAAAUUCAAAGAUGACAAGGAGCAGGAGCAUCGUGAUGGCUUUACCAUCUUGGUUCGUGACCUGAAAGCUCAACUCAGACCAAGAAUGAAGGCUCUAACUAUUGCUGUACUUCCUCAUGUUAACAGUAGUAUUUACUAUGACGCGAGACUGCUGGCACCCAACAUCGAUGCCGUGCACCUGUUUACUUUCGACCAAAAAACGCCAGAACGUAAUCCACAGGAAGGGGAUUAUCCAGCACCCAUUUAUGAGAGUUAUGGACGUGUUCCCCAAGACAACGUUGAUGCCACAACCAGUAUUGAUUCUGUUUCAAGGUACUGGCUCGAGAACGGUACUCCAGGCUCGAAAAUAGUCGUGGGAAUCCCAACAUACGCUAGGACAUGGAAGCUCACGUCUGAUAGUCAAAUAUCAGGGGUGCCACCUAUAGUCACCGAUGGUCCGGGAGCCGAAGGACCACACACAAACACGCCAGGACUUCUUUCGUACGCUGAGGUGUGCUCCAGGCUGACAGAAUCCGCUGUGGGUCGUUUGAGACGUGUUGGUGAUCCAUCCAAGAAAUAUGGCGGCUAUGCCUUCCAAUCUUACAAUGAGAACACUGGAAAUGACGGAAUCUGGGUCGGUUAUGAGGAUCCCGACACGGCUGGCAAUAAGGCUGCCUACGCCAAGGCGAAAGGUUUGGGUGGUGUUCUUAUCUACGACUUGUCCUUGGACGACUUCCGUGGUGUCUGCACCGGAGACAAGUACCCUAUUAUCAGGGGCGCCAAAUACAAGCUAUAAGAAGUUAUUAAAGACUAUUUGAUGGACACUGAAAGAGUCGAAGGUGGCCAAUUUUGGCACAGCUGUAUAAGCAUAAGUUGUGUUAGAUCUGUUUUUUAAUUAAGGCCGCGCCUAAAAAAUGUAUUUCCCAAUCUUUUUGAAAUUUCGACCCUAAAUGACCACUUGAUUUUCACGCAUUUGCUUCGUGUUUUUUAUAUUCUUCACGUAGCUCUAGUUUUUCGUAUGUGCUAUUUUUCGUGAUAUGUUAAGUAUUUGAAAAAAGUGCUGUAUCAGAAGCGUUGUAUCGAGAAUAAAGAUGAAAUAGUUUGGCGACUAA